AUGACCACUAAUCUGCAUGCAAAGCGUCGGAAAAUAAAUCCUGGUCUAGCGCAGGAAUCCAAUGAAGACGCGUAUUCAAAAUUCAAACCUGGAAAUCUUAUUUCCCUCCGGAUAUGGAACUUCACCACGUAUUCAUAUGGCGAGUUUCACUUGUCUCCGUCCCUUAAUAUGAUUAUUGGGCCCAAUGGAACUGGCAAAUCGACGUUUGUAGCAGCCGUGUGUUUGGGAUUGGGCGGAAAAGUCGACUUGAUCAAGCGGAAGUCCACGGACAUGAUGAUCAAGUCGGGUGAAAAAGAAGCCACCAUAGAAAUUGCGAUAAAAAACUUUCCAGGGGAACGAGUCAUUGUCAUCGAGCGCAAAAUCAUUUUGAAACAGAUUAAGUCUCUUUGGAAAAUCAACGGCACGCUGGUGGAUAUUGUGCGUGUUCGUGAAAUCGUGAACAAAUUCAAUGUCCAACUUGACAAUCUUUGUCACUUCCUACCACAAGAAAGGGUCGUGGAGUUUGCGUCGCUUUCUCCAGAGAAACUUUUGCUAGAGACCGAGAGAACUGUUGGAGAUACCACGCUUUUGAAAAAACACAAACAAUUGAUUGAGCUCGAUGAAAGAUGGGUUGACCUUACAAAAGACGUACUGGUUUCAGAGGAAAAGCUUGAGAUGCUAAGAGGGGACGUCGAAAAAUUUGAAGUUGAAGCGCAGAAAUACCAGGAGUUCGAGGAAAAGAACAAUCAAAUUAAUUGCCACAAAAAGCUACUUCCGUAUGCAAAACUCCAGGACAUGAAGGAUAAGUUGCAAAAUUUACGAAUUGAGCGUGAAGCUGCCAAAAAAGCCCUUCAAGAUUUUGCUGGUAAAGUCAAGCCUUUGGCCACGUUGAUGUCUACUGUGAACGAACAGCUUGCCCAUGCGACAGAAAAUCACAACAAGAUCAAUACAAAACUUAAGGAAAUUAAAGCUGAGUUCGAUCUACAGGCAAGAAAAGCAGAAAAUAUGGCGCUGAAUUUCUCGGCUUCCCAGAACGAUAUCGAGUCUCUCAAAUCACGCACAGAAUUGCAGAAAAAAGAGCUUGAGAAAAGCGUUCACGAAAAAGAAGAUAUCUGCCGAAAACUUCAGUCGAUGGAACCUUUAGACCUUUCGCAGUUGCAAGAAUUUACUGUAAAACGCCAAACAAAACACGAAGAAAAGUCCCUGAUAGUGGAGGAACUCGAUACCGUGCAUUUGUCAUUGAGCCGCUUAAAACGAGAAGCACACUCCAGCGAGCUGAUCUACAGAGAUGAUCGUAAGAAAUUGGAGAGCAAUGACCGAUUGGAAAUUCUCAAACAGAGAAGCUCGCGCUAUCGUCGAGAACUUAUGGACAACGCCUACGAGGCUCAUUCUCUAUUAAGAAAAGAGAAAACCCCAGAUCUCAAGUAUUUUGAAGCUCCAGUGGUGUGCUGCAAAGUCACAGAUAGAAGGUAUGCUAAAUAUUUUGAGAAAGUUAUUGAUAAUAACUCGCUCUUUGCAUUUUUCUUCGACCACGAGAUGAAUUAUCAAAAGGCUUCGAAACUUCUACCAAGAAAUCUCAAUGUUCCCAUGAGGGUUGUUUCCGGAUCGCUUCCGCAGCAGCCAAUGUCUCUGUCUGAGCUCAAAAGGCUAGGUUUCGACGGUUACUUAUCUGAGUUUUUUACGGGGCCAGAUGCCGUGCUCAAAGGUUUGAACCAAAGGUCUUUUUUGCAUUGUAUUCCAGUCUCACUUAAUCCAAUAGGGCCUGAUGUGAUGGAAACUCUUUUGAAGCCUGCAAAAAACGGAAAAACGCUUUUCCGCAGAUUCAUCGUAGGUGAUGAUUUGUUUGUUAUCAAUCAGUCGAAGUAUGGGUCUAGACAAAUCUUCUAUCUGACAGAGGUUAUUGCAAACGCACAAAUAAUGGGGGAAGAGGGCUUAUCUGAAGAUGUUAGGCGUGAAAUUCAGGAGAGACUCGUCCGUCAGAGAGAUGAACUAAAAGACAUGCAAGAAAAAAUCAUGUCCUUAGAAACAGAAAAGUCCAAGUUUCAGGACCAAAUUCUGAAAGUCGACGAAGAAAUGAGUCAACUUGAUCUGGAAGUCAGAUCACUACGAAAGAAACAAGAGGCAAAGCUGAGAUUAGAGGCAAAUAUAUCUCAUUUAGAAGGGCGUAUUCGCCACCUAACCACUAGCACAACUCAAGACCAUAGCGAGCAAAUAAGGACAAAGGAAGCAAAAUUGUUGGAACUCUAUGUCAAUUAUUCAGCUGCCACAGAGAAGGUUGUGAAUAUUAAUAAGGAGAUGGUUUCCCAGACUAUCAAUUUCAAACGAGCUGAGCUUGUGAAGCAACAACUCGAAAACAAGGAAUUGAAUUUGACAUCCUUGUUGAAGGAAGUGGAACAGAGACAAGUUGAUCUCAGGGAGAUCUACCGAAGCGCAAAGGCUAAAUGUGAUGAAUAUAAAAAAGGUGAAGCUGCAGAGGAAGUUCGACGCCAAGUCCUAACUCCUGAGGAGCGUGAGAUUGUAAAAAACCUCGUGCAGAAAUACAUGGAUGAAGAUAACCUAAAUGAGCAAUUUGUUGUGCGAAAAAUUGAGCAACUCGAAGACGACUUGACCGUUUUAGCGGAUGUGGACCGUGGCUCACUUGAUCUAUUAAAACUGAAGAGGGCAGACCUUGAUGCUGCUGAGAAACGAUUACCAGAACUAGCUGCGCAAAGAGACCGCAUAAAGAAUCAGGUAGACGAAAUAUCUGUCCCAUGGGAGAAAGAACUAUCAAGCAUAGUGGACAAAAUAUCCCGGGCCUUUCAAAAGAGGUUUGUUACCGUUGCAAGCGAUGGGCAAGUUGAAUUGAAAAAGCUGGAGCGCUUUAGAGACUGGAAAUUGGAGAUACUUGUCAAAUUCCGUGAAAACGCUGAGCUUAAAGUCCUUGAUAAUCAGUCACAAUCAGGAGGUGAAAGAGCAGUCUCAACCAUUUUCUUCAUCAUGUCUCUUCAAGGUCUCACCAGUGCACCUAUUCGUAUUGUUGACGAAAUCAACCAAGGCAUGGACCCAAAAAACGAGAAGAUGGCACACAAAUAUUUAGUUGAUACUGCUUGUAAGAAUGGGCAGUCCCAAUAUUUCUUGGUGACUCCCAAACUUCUUACAGGCUUAUACUACCAUCCAGACAUGACCGUCCACUGCAUUUUCACCGGCCAAUACUUGAAGAAGAAUGACCCCAAGAAGCCAGGAAAGUUCUUGAACUUUCAGAAAAUCAGUGCUGCCACGGCAUAG